AUGCAAGCACUAAUUAAUGCCGUAAGAUUAGCAGAGGCACAACUAAUAAGAAAUGAGAGAGUUGUUGGUGAACUUAAAAUCACGUUUGAGACAUUUGUUUCUGUCUUUGCAAAAUUUGUUGGCGACGGAGAUUGGGAAACAGACAAUGAGCCUUCUGUAGAAAUACCUGUGGAGGAGAAAUCUAGCUAUGGUAUGACUGUGGCGGAGAUGUUGUUACGCGAUUCUGUCUUAGGGCUUAAUUUAACAAAAACAGAGUGUUACGAGCCUAAUAGGAUGCAAUUUGGAUCUCUGCAGCUCUUAGAGCCCCCGCUGCUGUCGCUGCAGCAACAAAGUGCUGCUGAGCAGCAGCAGCAGCAGCAGCGGCGAGCAGCAGCAAGACGAUUUAGAUCCCUACAACCAGAUACAGGUCACCUUGCUGCCAGACUGCGGGCAGAAUCAGAGAAGGCAGAGUUGCUGCUGCUGCAGCAAGCAGCAGCAAAAGAAGCAAUUCAAUUAGAUCUACAAGAAGACGAGCAGCAACUGCAGCAGCGGCUGCAGCAAAUACACAGGGGCCCCUCUUCUUGGCAUAUGAGGCCCUUACUUAAGGCUAAACCCCAAGAAACAGCAGCAGCAGCAGCAGCAGCAGCAGGUGCUGCUGCUGCUGCUGAUACACCUGCUGCACCUGCUGCUGCUGCUCGUGCUGCUCGUGCUGGACCUGCUGCUGUUGCUGCAAGAGAUCAGAAAAUCGUUGUGUCUUCACAAGGCUCUGCUGCAGCAAAACAUCCAACUGCAGCAGCAGCAGCAGCAGCAGCAGCAGCAGCAGCAGACGGCAGUAGACGAGGAACAAAGAUAGCCCAUGGCGGUUCUUGGGAAAAGCACCGCAGCAACAGCAGCAGCUCAUCGCAGCGAAAGCAACAGCAGCAGCAGCAGAAACUGGAGCAGCAGCAGCAGCAACAGCAGCAGCAGCAGCAGCAGCAGGAGCUGUGGGAGGAGACAGAAGAGGAGCGUCUGGCUCGCCGCAGCAGCGCUGCUUCUUUGCUGCUGCACUCCCUAGCAGCAAUCAGCAGCAAAGACAGCAGGAGGUAG